AUGAUGGAAACCGCAGUAGUAGGAUUAAGAGAUCAAGACCAGGCCAAAACGAGGCCUGUUCCAACUGAACUCCCAGAUGGAGCAACUGUACAUGAUGCAAUUAUAGGCAUUCCCAUUCUGACUGAGUGUGAAGAAUUGCUCGACAACUACCACGACAUAAAUUCUCAACACAUCAUCGAACUUCGCAAGGAGCCUACACCACUAGAAUUCAUGCGCUUCGUCUCCCGCAACCAACCCUUCGUAGUUCGCAGCACCCCCGACCCAACAUUCCGCCACAUCAGCAAAACCUGGACCCCAUCCUACCUCUCCCAAAAACUUGCAGACACGCCCGUCACCGUCGCCCUCACCCCCAAGGGAAACGCCGACGCCGUGGUCCAUCUCCCCUCAGGCGGCAGUGUAUUUUGCAAACCCUACGAAGUCACUGAAUCCUUCUCUUCCGCUCUAUCCCAAAUAAUCGCCCAGGAGAAAACCGAAACCCAUGACUCCGCAACACGCUACAUCCAAUCCCAAAACGACAACCUACGCUCCGAAUACACCGCGCUAUUCGGCGAACUCCCCCCUUCCAUCCCCUUCGCAAGUGCUGCCCUCGAGCAAGACCCCGACGCCGUGAAUCUUUGGGUCGGGAAUUCACACAGCACGAGCGUGCUGCAUAAAGACCAUUAUGAGAAUGUCUUCGUGCAGGUGGCGGGGAAGAAGGAGUUUGUCAUCUUACCGCCUAUAUCUGCGCCGUGUGUGGCUGAGCGCUCGGUUUUGUCGGCAACGUAUGCUCCGCUAGAUCCGGAGCUUAGAACUGAGGAUCUAAGGAAAGAUGGUUUGCGCAUUAGUAUCGACGAGCCCGAGGAAUACGUACCGCUGCCGACGUGGGAUCCCGACCGGCCGGGGGAGAAUACCACGCCGUAUUCAGAAUUCGCGCGGCCGAUGAGGGUCACGGUGAAUGCGGGCGAUUUGUUGUAUCUGCCAGCGCUGUGGUAUCACAAGGUGAAGCAGAUAGCGGGCGAGGAGGGGAUGUGCUGCUCGGUGAAUUACUGGUACGAUAUGGAUUUUGCGGGCCAGUUUCAGGUUGCGACGAGGUUUGUGCAAGAGGUGGCGGCGGUGGGAGGGAGAGGCGGAGGUAAGGAAGCCAGAGAAUAA